AUGUAUGAAGUGCGGUGUUAUAUCGGAGAUGGUGACUCCAGCGGCCUGUGCUAUUGGGCCUCCCUUGGCCCCAUGGUGCAGUGCGCGGGCUGGGUUGCCCUGGUAACGGGCGGGAAGGCGGGAAGGCCGUCGUCCGUCGGCGCCAUGGACAACUAUGAGAUUCAGAAAACAGAGCCCAGAGGCAGCUAUGGGUUCGUGCACAUCGUGAAGCGUAUUAACGAUGGGAGGACAUUUGCCAUGAAAGUGGUUGAAUUUAUGGAUGAGGCAACUGCCAAUCGUGCUGUGGAAGAAGCAAUGAUCAUGUUAAAACUGGAUCAUCCAAAUAUCUGCCAUUAUGAGGAGAUAUUUGUUUCUUGGGAUCAUGAGGUGUCAGCUGUCACAGUUUGUAUGGUCAUGGACUAUUCUCCUGUGGGAGACCUGGCUUCAGUCAUCCAGACCAAGAGACAGAUGAAGGGGAAAAUCAGGGAGAUGGUGAUCAAGAAUUUUCUGGGACAGAUGGUGGAUGUCCUUAUCUACUUGAAGUCCAAACAUGUGAUUCACAGAAACUUGAAACCAACUAACAUCCAAAUGCUGGCUGAUCUCUCAUUUACAAUAUGUGAUUUCAUCUUUCCUACAUUUGUCGGUGAUGAAGUUAAGUUCAAGAUAAGGAUGAAAGACUAUUCAAAGGUCUGGAUGGCUCCAGAAGCAUUGAAAAGGAGGCUGCUCGCGAAAAGUGACAUCUGGUCCUUAGGAUGUAUUUUGCUUGAGAUGAUGACAUGCAACAUGAUGGAUGCAAAUGAGUUUGAACAGGUGGUGAGGAUCAUUAGGAGCAACUGGAAACAUCUGAAGUUCCUCUUGGGAAAGCUCCAUGUGGAGAAGAAAUACACUAACAGCCUUUGCAAUUUGGUGCAACUCAUGUUGGAGCCGGAUCCUGCUGAAAGAAUCAGUGCAAUGUCACUAUUGGACUUACAAUAUGUGAAAGAGUCACUGGUCAUCUGCGGCUCCACACUUUCAGGAAUUAAGAAAGUACCAGUGGGUACAGAACUCUUGCCUUUCAGGGAAGGCAUUGACAAGCUACUUGAAUUCAUGCUUUUACAAGUUGAUGUAGAAGAAAUUCAGAAGAUCAGCCUGAAAUACAUAAUUUACUUGCUGUAUGAAGCCGAGGGUAAGUGA